GUUAUGGGCGUGAAGCCACACGAUAACUACUGCAGCUCGUGUUGAUUGAGAGAAGAGGCAAAUUAGCUCAGAGGAAAAUCGGAAUCUGGAAAUUCAUUAGGAUCAACUUCUUCGAAAAAUGAGGCCAACCUCUGCGUUGAACGUCGCUUCAAUCUUUCUUCUUCUGGCUUUCAUUGCAUUAGGUUCGGCGAAGAAAUCUGGAGAUGUGACGGAGCUACAGAUUGGUGUGAAGUACAAGCCCAAAACUUGUGACGUUCAGGCUCACAAAGGCGACAGUGUUAAAGUGCACUACAGGGGAAAGCUUACAGAUGGAACUGUUUUUGAUUCCAGCUUUGAAAGGGGAGAUCCAAUUGAUUUUGAACUGGGCAGUGGUCAAGUAAUUAAAGGAUGGGAUCAAGGAAUACUAGGGAUGUGCUUGGGAGAGAAACGGAAGUUGAAAAUUCCUUCUAAACUUGGUUAUGGAGAGCAAGGGUCCCCACCUACCAUCCCAGGUGGUGCAACACUCAUCUUUGACACUGAGCUUGUAGGAGUGAAUGGGAAAACACUGAAUGAUGGAAAAUCAGAUGAGAGCGAACUAUAACUGGGGAAGCCGGCUCUCUGGUUUCUCUUAGAAUCAGUAGGUUUUGGACUUCACAAGAAGCGGGAAAGGAAUUCCUCCUUCCUUCAGGAAUAUGAGUAGAAGUAGGUUCAGUAAUUUUCCUCUUCCAAUGAGUUUCUACAUCCUUGCUUAAAAAAUAGUCCUUUUUGUAUUGUUGGACCGAAGCUCCAAAACUGGUUAGCUUUUUAACGUUUGUGGAAUAGGAACAGCUCCACUGGUAAUGUCCUGAUAAGGAUCUAUCAGAAUGCACCUUUUAAUUAUUUCUAUUAGUAGAUUGCUUAAAUAAUAGCCAAGUUGUUAUGCGUCUA